AACCUAACGCGUCACAGGAUUGACGGAAGUAGUGCUAACGGCAGGCUGUCAUCGUAACAGCUAGUCCUCUGUUCUAAAAGAAGUCCAAACUGUCUUUUAAAUCGUUCUAAGUGUCAGCAAAGGCCAGCUGCCGCAGGAUUAUGGACGAGGACGUGUUGACAACUCUAAAACUAUUGAUAAUUGGUGAAAGCGGAGUCGGAAAGUCCAGUCUUCUUCUGAGGUUCACAGAAGACACUUUUGAUCCAGAGCAGUCUGCCACAAUAGGAGUGGAUUUUAAAGUAAAAACACUUGCUAUUGAUGGGAACAAGGCAAAGCUCGCAAUAUGGGACACAGCCGGACAGGAAAGAUUUCGUACCCUGACACCUAGCUAUUACCGUGGUGCACAAGGAGUCAUACUCGUGUAUGAUGUGACAAAGCGUGACACUUUUACAAAGUUGGGAAACUGGCUGAAUGAAUUAGAAACCUACACCACCCGCAAUGACAUUGUAAAAAUGCUGGUGGGAAAUAAGAUUGAUAUGGAUGACCAUGAAGUGAACAGAAAUGAAGGCUUGAAAUUUGCUCGGAAACACUCUAUGCUUUUUAUUGAGGCCAGUGCAAAGACCAAAGAUGGUGUCCAGUGUGCCUUCGAGGAGCUUGUGGAGAAGAUCCUCCAGACUCCAGGGCUUUGGGAGAGUGAAAGCCAAGGCCAGAAGAUCCGUCUGGGGGACCAGGAGCAGGCAAGUGUUAGGGGAUGUGGAGGAUACUGUUCCAUACCGUGAUACGGAAACAAAAUGAAAAAUCACCAGCCUGUUUGGAAUGACCAUGGACCAGAGCCAGGAAGCUAGAGAGAGGUGGAAGUGGAUAAGUACUAGACGAAUGGACUUUGCUGUUUGCACACUUCCUUUUCAACCAUCAUCUGUCACAUCAUUAUUUUCACUUAAAACCAUGAAUAAAAGGAUCAUGUAAGAGUAGCAUAUUGUAAAAGAAAUGUAGUAUUUUAAAUUAACUUAUCCAUGCCAAGUAUAUGUGUAUGUCAUGCAAUUACAUGUCUGCAAAAGUGAUUCUGUUGUACAUCGAGGCAUUAGGUUAAUAGCAUAGUGCCUAUAACAUGAACUCAUUUGUAGGUUGCUGUACAUUAACUGUCAAUUUUGAUUUGAAAUGAUUAAUGAGAGAAAGCACUUGGAGAGCACAAAAUUCCGCCAAUGCCACUCGGUUUCCCACAGUGUCAUUACACUCCCCUAUCUGGUAGGUUUUGCACUUCGUUCAAAAAGAAACUGGAGCCAUCUGGGGCCAUGUCACCAUCAAAACCUAUUUACUUCUUCCCCAGGAAAUUGAAUUCAAAUUUAUCCUUUGCUUUUUGAGUUAUGCUGCCCGUAGUCAGACAAAUAAAAAAAGACAAAUGUGGCCGAAAACACAACUUUCUUGGCGAAGUAACAAUGAAGUCUGAGCGGGGAGAAAACUUAUCCUGCUUUAUGCUAUGCGAGCUGUAAAUACUUCUAGCUUCAAAAAAAAGAACUAAAUGUUUUCACAAGUUAUGCAAAGUAUUUCUAUAAGCUUCAUUAAAUUCAUACCUAAUCACUUUGUUGAAAGAUAGUGGCGAGAGAGACUCAUUGGGUUAUUAUGCACCAGAACACUGUGGAAGCUCCCAAAGAAGACAUUUCACAUUUCAUACGGUCACUAGUGUAUUUUUACUCAGCUCUUAUAUUUCUUUAAAAUACAUAGAUGUUUACAAAUGAACAUCUCUUUUUUUUCCUGCAACCUUUCUUUGUAUUUGUCUUUGCAUGGCUGACCGGGACCAUAACCUCCAGAGCUACAAGUGCGUGGUGUACAGUAUUUCCAACUCUUCUAGUUCAGUUAGGGCUGGGCAAAAAUAAAUAAAUCGACAAAUCACACAAUAUCAUUAGUAAUUGUGAUGAGUGUCAUAAAAAAUGUUUUGGGUCCUGGGUGACAGUUAAAGAAACCAGAUAAUUGUGGUUUUUACACCGUGAGACAUUUCACAAAUCUGAAGACGUUCGUAGCAAUCAUGUUAUAUCUCAAAGUGUGUUUGUGCUGGAAACUUUUGUUGUGUUGCUAUUGAAGUGCGUUUUAUUGCAAUAAUCAUUGUUAUUGAACUGUUGCUCAGCCCUAUGUUCUAUUCCCUUGAGCCCCCUGGUGUUUUGCCUGUAUGUAUAUGGUCUCAAACAGGUCCUAUCAGCUUUUUCUAUUGCAUUUAUUUUGAGCUUAGUGUUAUGGUGACUGACACAUUUUAAAUAUUAGCUUUCCCCAGAGCUUUCUUUCCUCCCAACCUGGGUAAAUGUUUGGUGUUUUUUUUUCUCUUUGUUUGAAUUUAGUCUUUUGUUGAUUGCCAUUUUCCCUGAUUUCCACGUGGCUUUUGCUAUGCAUCUAUUAUAAUCAUAUGCAGCAAUAUGUUAACCUGAUAUCUGCCUUAACAUUGAAUGACAUUUGCCGGACGUACGGUCGUAUAAUGUUUGCAUUGUUUCAAAAUGAAAUAAAUGACUGCAUCAAGAUGCCGUCGCUCAGAACUAA